GAACAAGUGGAUACAAUUUAGUCUCGUAACUAACCAACCAUUAAGCAAUGGCCACAACACUCCAUUAUCGUUUGGUUACAAACCCUUCCUUUUUAAACAAAAUCAACACCAACACAAUUCCAUUUCCAUUCCAAUUCCACUCUCUCUCUUUCCCUCUCUCUUCUUCUUCUUCUUCCUCUUCCCCCCUCAGAUCCAUUUCCAUUUCCGCCAUGGAUCCUGUAACCGAAUGGGGAAACACACCUCUCGUAACCGUCGAUCCCGAAAUCCACGACCUAAUCGAAAAAGAAAAACGUCGUCAAUGCCGUGGAAUCGAACUAAUCGCAUCGGAAAAUUUCACUUCCUUCGCCGUCAUUCAAGCUCUCGGAAGUGCAUUAACGAACAAAUACUCCGAAGGUAUGCCGGGAAACCGUUACUACGGCGGUAACGAAUUCAUCGAUGAAAUUGAAAAUCUCUGUCGAUCACGUGCACUUCAAGCUUUCCAUUUAGAUUCAUCUUCUUGGGGAGUUAAUGUUCAACCUUACUCUGGUUCACCUGCUAAUUUUGCUGCUUAUACUGCUGUUUUGAAUCCUCAUGAUCGGAUUAUGGGAUUGGAUCUUCCUUCUGGUGGUCAUUUGACGCAUGGUUAUUAUACUUCUGGUGGGAAGAAGAUAUCGGCGACUUCGAUUUACUUUGAGAGUUUGCCUUAUAAGGUGAAUUCGACUACUGGUUUUAUUGAUUAUGAUAGGUUGGAAGAGAAGGCGUUGGAUUUUAGACCUAGGUUGAUUAUUUGUGGUGGUAGUGCUUAUCCUAGAGAUUGGGAUUAUAAACGAUUUAGAGAUGUUGCUGAUAAAUGUGGUGCUCUUUUGCUUUGUGAUAUGGCUCAUUAUAGUGGCCUUGUUGCUGCUCAGGAAGUCAAUAAUCCAUUUGAGUUCUGUGACAUAGUGACAACAACAACUCACAAGAGCUUGAGGGGCCCUAGGGCGGGUAUGAUUUUCUACAGGAAGGGACCUAAACCACCCAAGAAGGGCCAGGCUGAGAACGCAGUUUAUGAUUUUGAGGACAAGAUCAACUUUGCAGUCUUCCCCUCCCUUCAAGGAGGUCCUCACAAUCACCAGAUUGGUGCCCUUGCUGUUGCCUUGAAACAGGCCAUGUCACCUGGGUUCAAGGCAUAUGCCAAGCAAGUUAAGGCCAAUGCAGUUGCCAUUGGAAAUUACUUGAUGAGCAAGGGAUACAGUCUUGUCACUGGUGGAACUGAGAACCAUCUUGUAUUGUGGGAUCUCCGACCUCUUGGAUUGACUGGAAACAAGGUGGAGAAACUUUGUGACCUCUGUAACAUCACAGUGAACAAAAAUGCUGUUUUUGGCGAUAGCAGUGCCUUGGCCCCUGGAGGAGUACGAGUUGGUGCUCCGGCCAUGACUUCUAGAGGCUUGGUUGAAAAGGACUUUGAACAGAUUGGAGAGUUCCUUCACCGUGCUGUGACUCUCACACUAGAGAUCCAGAAGGAGCAUGGAAAACUUCUGAAGGAUUUCAACAAGGGCUUGGUGGACAACAAGGCUAUUGCACAACUCAGAGCUGAUGUUGAGAAGUUCUCUUCCUCAUUUGGUAUGCCUGGUUUCCUGGUAUCUGAGAUGAAGUACAAGGAUUAAACUUCCCUCUCAAAUGUCUCACUCAAAGUUUGAGACAAGGUAGAGGAGUAACGGAGAAAAAUAAAUAAGCUUUUUCCUAUUUUAGGUGCGAUAUCACGAUGGUGUUUCAAUUCAAAAUUUUGAAGUUUUUGAUACACCUUUGUUUUCAUGUUUUCUGUUAGCAUGAUCAUAGUUUUUCGUAAUAGCAUCGUAUCGAAAUAAAAUGUGUUAUUUUCCUUUUGCUUAGAGGCUUGUAUGUUUCACCAUUUUAUAUACAAAAAUGCACGCAAACAGCCUGCAACUACAUAUUAAAUUUAGCUAAUAGAAUAAAGUAGAUUGUUCUUUGA